GGCGCUCUUUAGACUAACGUAACGCAAGCAAUUAUUUGAUGGCCGGGGAAUGCCUGAAUUAUUUAGUGAGAGUUUUUAUAUCAAAAUACCUUGAAUUAUUUGUAGAAAAAUCUGAAACGCAGUUGAGAUAGAAUUAUUUGAAGAAAAGGAAAUGUCGAAAAUGGCAACACUUGUGGACAGCAUUGUGAAGAAGACUCGAGUUCUAACUAGGAUACCAACACUCCUAAAAGCAUCAGUUGCUGGCACUAAGGGCGGCGGUGUUGCCGAAAUCCAAACGACUUGGUCGCAAAGUGUGGUCGAGACUGCCGAGACGGUUCAGUUUGAGCGUACGUUUGUUGUGGAGCAGCCCUCCCUGCGGCUUAUUGCGGCCACACCAUCACAAAAUGUCGGCCAAAAUGUUGUCGUCUGCUACUCGCCGUCUCAUCAGAAAAAGGCCGUGUUCCGAAAGAAGGAGGGCGAAAACAAAAAGGAGAAGUGGCUGCUGGAGAUUUGGUCCCAAGGCAAUAUGAGCCAGGUGCUGGAUCUGACCGCCAUGGACAAACAUGGCGCCGUGUACAGCAGCGGCGACUUCAGCUCCUUCCAGUGGAGUGACGACGAGCGGCUGCUGCUGUACAUCGCCGAGAAGAGGCGGCCGCCGGCCGUCUCCUUCUUCGACGAGAACGCCCGCGAGGGCUCGGAGCGCGGCGCCGAGAGCCGCUACUACGCCGACUGGGGCGAGCAGCAGACGGGCCAGCACCGGCCGGUGGUGGUGGUGCUGGACGCGGCCGCCGGCCAGCUCACCGUGCUGGCGCCGCCGCAGGACGUGUCGCUCGGCCAGGCGCGCUGGCGCCGUCACGGCGACACAAACUCAGUGGUGGCCAUCGCCUGGGAGAACCAGCCGCGCCGACUGGGCCUCAUCUACUGCUCCAACCGGGCCUCGCACGUGCUGGAGCUGCCCGUGGAGGCGGACGCGGCUGGCGCCCGGCUGAGCGGCGAGGCGGCGGUGUCGUGCCGCAGCCCGCGCGUCUCCCCUGACGGCAGCGCCGUGCUGUGGCUGGAGUCGGCUGCCGGCGGGCCGCACCACGCCGGCGCGCGCCUCAUGCGCCGCGACAUGAACAGCGGCGCCGUGAGCGUGCUCAUCGACCUGGUGGACGUCCCCGAGCCGGACGGCUUCAGCGGUCUGUACCUGCAGCAGCUGCCGACCCAGUGCUGGGUCUCCGACACGGCGGUCUGCUUCUCCACGCCGGUGGGCACCGGGCUGUGGUCGCUGACCGUGGACACGGCCUCCGGCGCGCGGACCCGUCUGGAGGCCGCCGGUGUGACCGUGCUGGCAGCCACGCCGCGGCUGGUGGUGGGUGCGCGCUCCGGACUGCUGCAGCCGCCUGAGCUGGUGGUCCUGCCGCCGGCCGGCGGUGAGCCGGUGGCACUGACGGAGGCGGCGCCCGCCAGCGCCGGCACCGUGCGGCCGCUGACGUUCAGCCGCGCAGAGCCGGCCGAGCUGGCGACGCUGCCCUACAGCGGCCUGCUGGUGCUGCCACCGGCCGGCGCCACCCCCGCGCCGCUGAUCAUGUUCCCGCACGGCGGCCCGCACGGAGUCAUGACCGACGCCUGGUCGGCGCACGUGGCGCUCUUCAACCAGCUGGGCCUGGCCGUGCUGCUCAUCAACUACCGCGGAUCGACCGGUGCCGGCGAGCGCUCGCUGCACGCGCUGCCGGGCCGCGUCAGCACGCUGGACGUGGCCGACUGCGAGCACGCCGCUCGCCAGGUGCUCUCUGCCGAGCCGUCGCUGCUGGACGCUGGCCGGGUGGCGGCCUACGGCGGCUCGCACGGCGGGUUUCUGGUGACGCACCUGAGCGGCCAGCACCCGGACCUGGUCAAGGCCGUGGUGGCGCGCAACCCCGUGUGUGACAUAGCCGGCAUGCUGGAGGGCACAGACAUCCCCGACUGGAACCACGUCGAGUCGGGCGAGGCGUACGAUCCGCUGCUGACACCGACGCCGCAGCGGCUGGCCGCCAUGCUCACCUGCUCACCAAUCAGUCACGUGGACAGUGUGCGCGCGGCCACCCUGCUGAUGGUGGGCACGGCCGACCGGCGCGUGCCGCCCUACCAGGUGUUCUACUACGGAGAGGCGCUGCGGCAGCGCGGCGUGCCGGCCGAGGUGCGCGUCUAUGACGACUGCCACCCGCUGGCCAAGGCGGCCGUGAACGGGGACGUCAUGGUGCACGCGGCCACCUGGAUGUGCGAGAAGCUCGACCACAGCCCGCCGGCCUAGGCUCUCCACCGGAGUGUCUCCGUCGGCCGCCGGUGAGCCAACUACCGAUCUUGCCACCUCAUUUUGCUAAUUCUUUAGAGGGAUUUGGUGCUUAUUUAGCUUGGGAAAACCAGCAACAUUCAGCACCGGUGCUUAUGUUUUUGUUGGUGAAAUGUGCCAAAAUAACUUGCUUAAUGGUUAUGCUUACGUGCACUGUUUACGGUCAGUCGUUUUUAAAGGAGUGCUUUUUAGGGAGAUGUUAACCAAGAAGAAAGUCACAUUGUCACAAAGGACAAAUACACUUGCACGCACUGUAAGUCUUAGUGCGUGGUUGAAA